GCCAAUUGCUGAGAAGAACUGGAAGAAGCAGAAAGAAUCCCCAACUCCUGGUGAGCAGCGCGCCCCACCAUGAGCAGUGCUGUGCUGGUGAGCCGCCUCCCGGACCCCAGCAGCAGCUUCCGGGAGGAUGCCCCGCGGCCCCCCGUGCCAGGAGAAGAAGGGGAGACUCCACCGUGCCAGCUUGGGGUGGGCAAGGGCCGCGUCACCAAGCCCAUGCCCGUGUCCUCUAAUGCCAGGCGGAAUGAAGACGGGCUGGGAGAGCCCGAGGGGCGGGCGUCCCCCGACUCCCCCCUGACCAGGUGGACCAAGUCCUUGCACUGCUUGUUGGGUGAUCAGGACGGAGCGUACCUCUUUCGGACUUUCCUGGAGAGGGAGAAAUGCGUGGAUACCUUGGACUUCUGGUUUGCCUGCAAUGGGUUCAGGCAGAUGGACCUCAAGGAUACCAAAACCCUGCGGGUGGCCAAAGCCAUCUACAAGAGGUACAUCGAGAACAACAGCGUCGUGUCCAAGCAGCUGAGGCCCGCCACCAAGACCUACAUCCGAGACGGCAUCAAGAAGCAGCAGAUCGACUCCGUCAUGUUUGACCAGGCACAGACGGAGAUCCAGUCGGUGAUGGAGGGCAACGCCUACCAGGUCUUCCUGACUUCGGACAUCUACCUGGAAUACGUGAGGAGUGGCGGGGAGAAUCCCGCCUGCCUGAGCCACGGGGGCCUGGGCAGCCUCAAGGUCCUGUGUGGCUACCUGCCCACCCUGAAUGAAGAGGAGGAGUGGACUUGUGCCGACUUCAAGUGCAAACUGCCCCCCACCGUGGUCGGCUUGUCCAGCAAAACUCUGAGGGCUACAGCCAGCGUGAGGUCCACGGAGACGGCUGACAGCGGAUACAGGUCCUUCAAGAGGAACGAUCCUGUUAAUCCCUAUCACGUAGGCUCUGGUUACGUCUUUGCACCAGCCACCAGUGCCAAUGACAGCGAGAUCUCGAGUGACGCUCUGACUGACGACUCCAUGUCCAUGACGGACAGCAGUGUAGAUGGGAUCCCUCCUUAUCGCAUGGGGAGUAAGAAACAGCUCCAGAGAGAAAUGCAUCGCAGCGUGAAGGCCAAUGGCCAAGUGUCUCUACCUCAUUUCCCGAGAACCCACCGCCUGCCCAAGGAGAUGACCCCCGUGGAACCCGCCGCCUUCGCAGCCGAGCUCAUCUCGAGGCUGGAGAAGCUGAAGCUGGAGCUGGAGAGCCGCCAUAGCCUGGAGGAGCGGCUGCAGCAGAUCCGCGAGGAUGAAGAGAAGGAGGCGUCCGAGCUAGCCCUGAACUCGCGGGAAGGUGUGCCAGCACAACAUGCCCUGUCCUUGCUGCCCUCUGGCAGCUACGAGGAGGACCCCCAGACGAUCCUGGACGACCACCUGUCCAGGGUGCUCAAGACCCCCGGCUGCCAGUCUCCCGGCGUGGGCCGCUCCAGCCCACGCUCCCGCUCCCCUGAUCACCACCACCAUCACCAUCACCAGCCGUACCACCCCCUGCUCCCGCCAGGAGGCAAGCUGCCCCCCUCCGCCACUGCCGCUGCUGCAACCCUGGCCUGUCCACUGCCCGGCGGCAAGGGCUUUGUGACCAAGCAAACCACAAAACACGUCCACCACCACUACAUCCACCACCACAGCGGCCCCAAGACCAAGGAGGAGAUUGAGGCUGAGGCCACACAGAGAGUGCGCUGCUUCUGCCCCGGGAGCCCUGAGUAUUACUGCUACCCCAAGGGCAGGGGCCACCCCAAGGCUCCGGAGCCCAUGCCCGGGGAACAGUUAGGUGGCAGCAGAGGCAGUACCUUGCCCAGACGAAGCGGGAAAGGCACGGAGCCCGGCCUGGCCCUGCCGGCCAGGGAAGGAGGGGCCCCCGGUGGAGCUGGGACCCUGCAGCUUCCGGGGGAGGAAGGAGACAGGUCGCAGGAUGUGUGGCAGUGGAUGCUGGAGAGCGAACGCCAGAGCAAGCCCAAGCCUCAUAGUGCCCAAAGCACAAAAAAGGCUUCUCCCUUGGAGUCUGCCCGAGGGUCCCCAGGUGAACGAAUCAGCCGGCACCAUCUGUGGGGGAGCGGUGGGCAUCCCCGCACCACCCCCCGUGCCCACCCCUUCACCCAAGACCCUGCGAUGCCGCCCCUGCCUCCACCCAAUACUCUGGCACAGCUAGAAGAGGCCUGCCGUAGGCUGGCUGAGGUGUCGAAGCCCCCAAAGCAGCGGUGCUGUGUGACCAACCAGCAGAGGGACAGGAACCACUCAGCUGCGGGUCAGGCAGGAGCCACAUCCUUCUCCAGCACAAGCCUGGCUCCGGAAGAUCACAAAGAGCCAAAGAAGCCGGCAGGCGUCCACGCCCUCCAGGCCAGUGAGUUGGUCGUCACUUACUUUUUCUGUGGAGAAGAGAUUCCAUACCGGAGGAUGCUGAAGGCGCAGAGUUUGACAUUGGGCCACUUCAAAGAGCAGCUCAGCAAAAAGGGAAAUUAUAGGUAUUACUUCAAAAAAGCAAGUGACGAGUUUGCCUGCGGAGCGGUUUUCGAGGAGGUCUGGGAUGACGAGACGGUGCUCCCCAUGUACGAAGGCAGGAUCCUGGGCAAGGUGGAGAGGAUCGACUGAGCCCGUGGGCUGCGGCCCCGGCCAGCCCUGCAGCCCCAGCUCCUGC